UAAAGAAUCACAUUUUUAGCGAAAUGUUCUUCACAAAUCAGUUCAAAGUGGAAGGAGCUGCUAUGGAUGGUUCAAGACGACGAACUCUAAUAAACACCCAUACUCAUCAAGUAUCCGGCAUCGUAGUGGACAUCCCAGCGAAAAGAGUGUACUGGGUAGACCCGAAGGUGGACCGGGUCGAAAGCAUGGACUAUCAGGGUAACGACCGACGUAUCGUCGCUCAAGGCAUGAAUAAUGUCCCGCAUCCGUUCGGUCUGGCCCUAUUCGAUCAGUACCUCUAUUGGACAGAUUGGACUCGCCUGGGAGUUGUCAAGAUUGAGAAAUUCGGCUCCCCAUCGGAAAUCAUCUGGUUUGUCAAAUUUUGCUCUUCCAUUUCAAAACCCUCUGCAAAAACGGCUCAUUCUGACAGUGAUUGUUUGGCACAAAAAAUCGAAAAUCCAUGUGCUACAGCCGAUUGUGAAGGGAUGUGCGUUUUAUCAAAGGAUGCUGGUGGCUUUGGAGUCGGCUACAGAUGUACUUGCCCCAUUGGCCAGAAAUUGGUUGAAGGCAAGAAAUGUGUUGAUUCGAUCGACUAUUUGCUAUUCUCAAGCAACAAAAUUGUGCGAGGAAUCUUCCCAGAUCAGGUACAGAGCUCCCUGUCUGAAGCCAUUUUGCCGAUUUCUCCCAUCUCUCAAAGAAGAAUCGGAAUGUACUUUGAAGUCGAGUGCGAUGUACAUGGAAAUAGCUUCUUUUACGCUGAUAUCAUGGACAAUACAGUAUACCGUAUUCGUCCUGAUGGCGAGGGAGCAGCGCCUGUGCUAGUAACUCAUAAUGAUGGACUUGUGUCUAUGUCCUUCGAUUGGAUUAGCAAACAGCUUUAUUACAUCGACAACAUCAGAAACAGUCUCGAGGUGGUCAAAAUAUCCGAUACUGGCCUGGUUCAUCCAGAUCAACUGAUCCAUCGCCAAUUGCUGAAGAACCUUCGCGAUCCCGUGUCUGUAGUCAUACAUCCAUGGAAAGGUUUCCUAUUCUACGCUGAA